AAUCAUAGAUUUUGCCUUGGUUUUCUCAACUCUCUCAUCGUUUGUGCGGUGUUCUAACAUUAUUGACGAUGAAGAUAAAGAUCAAUUGUGUAAUGGUAAAGUACAAUUUAAGCAAUGUUCGAAAUUUGGUCUGGGAUAUAAAAUCGUAGUAGAAUGUGAACGAUGUGAUCCAAAAUAUAUUUUAUCUUGUCAAAAAAUCGGAAGAAUGUAUGAACUAAAUCGCCGGUUCAUUUUUGUUAUGAGAAUAUUGGGCUUAGGGCUCGCCGGAUGCAAGAAAUUCUGCGGUUUGAUGGACAUAAGCAGUUCAUUUUUAAACCAGUCUACAUACGAUUUUUAUAUUGAUAAAAUACAUGAGUGUAUUGAGACAGUUACUCAGACUCUAUUCUCAUCUGCUGCUGAAGAAGAAAAACAAUUUACAAAUAUUGAAAACGAUUUACAAGAUACGACAGAUGUGAGUGUUUCCGGUGACGGUACCAACGGUAACAACGAGAGCUUCAACCAGUUGAUCUGGAAAAUUACUCCAAAAAUACUUCCUGCUGGUUCAAAGAUUGUUAAUAUUGCGGCAUUAGUCGCUGCUUGUAUCUUCAAUGAAGGAACAUCAGCUUUAUUAUUGAUUAUGCACGGUAUGGAUUUAAAAUUAGGCCGAAACUCCCACGAAUAUGCCCGAAUUUCGGAUGAAAACCGUGUAUGCGCAGCCGAAAAAAAAUCUGCGAGCGAGACUCGCGAAGCCAGAAUCCGUCAUCGACAGGAGCAAAAGGAUGCCCUGGACAUUGCAACUGCUGCAGGAUCUUUACUUUAUGGCCCAGGAAUCGACGAUUCACUAUGAUUUUGUCAGGAGUUAUGCUGACAACGCAGACGCACCUUUUUUCCGAGGGGUCACCGGAAAUGACGUCACAAUGGAGGAGUUUUAAUUUUUUUUUUUUUGAAAAUUUUAGAAAUUAUUCUUUAAAUAUGUAUCUAUAAGACAGAAA